AUUCAUGAGUAAAAAAGCAGAAAAAAAGAAAUAAGAAAAAAUAAUAGAAGACAGAACAUUUGGACUAAAAAACAAAAAUAAAAGCAAACAAGUUUAAAAGUAUAUGAGAUAAAAAUAAUUAUUAGUUUCUGUAAAGGAGUUGCUUCACAAGUAAAAUAUAGUGGUGUUUCAUUAACAAAAUUAUAGUCAGAAGAGUUUGAAAGGAAAAAAUUAGAAAAAUAAUUGGAAGAGGAGGAUAGAUUAAUGUAAUCUUUGUACAAAACAGUUGAAUAAGUUAGAGAUGAAGAAUCUGAAGAAGAAGUAGAUCCAAAAUCAAUAUUGUGCGAAUAUUAUAAAUAAGGUAGAAAUAUAAUAAAAAUGAAUAGGUUUAUGUUAGAAAGGUAAGAAGUGUAUGUACUCACAUGAUAUGAGUUUAGAGUAAAAGACAGCAAUAAUUGAUUUGUAUACAGAUUAAAGAUAAUAAUUAACAGAUGAAUGGGAUACAUGUUAAACUUGGGAUGAAAAGACAUUAAAGGAUAUAGUUGAAGCUAAUGAGAAAACAUAUAAAAGGUAUAUAGAUGAUAAAAUAAUAUUUUAUAGUUAAAUUCCAUCAGCCAAAGUAUGUGAUUUCUUUUUAGAUGCAUUAGAAAAAGGUAAAUAUGGAUGGAGAUGGGUUUGUCCAAAUGGUAUGACAUGCCAUUAUAAACAUUGUUUACCAUAAGGUUAUGUUUUUAGAAGAAAAGAAGAAAUUAAAUAAAAAUUUGAUGGAGAUAUUGAAGAAGAAAUUGAUGAAGAAAUUUAAAAAUUAUAAAAAGGAGGAACUAAAAUUACCAAAGAAGUAUUUGAAAAAUGGAAAAUUGAUAGAGCUGAAAAAAAAAAAUAAGAUGCUGAAAAAUUAAAAUAAGAAGAAUCAAAGAAGAAAGGUUUAAAUUAUUUAUUUAAUCUUAGGUGCUAAAUAAACUGGAAGUAAUGCUCAAAUGACUGGAAGAGCACUUUUUGUUUAUGAUCCAAGUUUAUUCGUAGAUGAUGAUGAAGCAGAAAAAGAAUAUGAAAGAGAGGAAUAAAUUGAAGAAAAUGAUGAAGAAGAUGAAGAAGAUAAUGAAAACAAAUAAAAAUUAUAUGAAGGGGAUGAUAAUCAACAACAAAAUCAAGAUGAAGAUGAUGAUUAAUAAUUUAAGUAACAACAAUCAUGA